AUGGAUGGCCAAGCCAACAAGCACCAUGCCAUGCUCCAUAGGCCGGGAGGCAAGAAGACGAGAACGGCAUAUCUUUACGACCCAAUCUCAUUCUCACCUCCAUCAUGGCUCCAAAUUCCUCCAGAACUCGCACAACAACACCAUCACCUUGCUGAGGUAGGCCUCAACGCCAUCAAGGCGAUCGAGUUCCUUGUGGAAGCGCACUCCCAGCGCUACAACGCCAUGUGCCCCGAACAAGAGGGCGUGACAUUCGACAUGCACACUGCCUCCAUGCGUCGACUUCAUGAAUGGGUUGAGGACCAUAACCCAACAGAUCCAACUCCCGGCCCUACAAGCAAGCUUCCCUGUGAAGCUCUUUUCUUCCACAUGGACCAAGCCGCCUAUGCAACAUACGCCGGCCUUUAUUUCAAUGCACUAGAGCGAUUUAGACAUCUCGAAUGGGCAUCCUGGUACCAGCAAAAUGACUACACAAAGUUUCUUGCUUCCCAAGUCCUCAACCGCUUCGAAUACGAGGAAUGGUCAUAUUGGUGGCACGGCGAAUUUGAAGAUGAGAUGCAUAAAUGGCAAUCUUGCCUUCAGGACUUGGCUAUCCCACCUUGGGAGGAAAUCGUGGAUGAAGUAUACAAACUCAUUCUUGAGCGGGUCCAAGAUCACGACAAAGUUUCGGGCCCGAGACUUGUCAAAUUCGCUUGUGUGUGCCAGCUUCCACGAUUAAUGAAUACCGGCAUCAAAAGAGAUUUUCAUACAUGGGCGAUGUCGAUGAUUUGA